CCUUGAUAUGAUUCUAUUUAAUUCUAUCCCUAUUUAUUUACACAAACAAUUCAGAAACCUGUCAUCCAUUGCUUCAAACAUGUGCACUCUUGAGAAGCGUGGCGAUGUCUUCAUCCUCACUCUCACCGGCGACAACGAGCACUGGAUCGGCCCACCCUUCGUUUCCUCCCUCCUCUCUCUUCUUUCCCAAGUCAAGUCCCAAGCCACGCGCGGCUCGGUUCUCCUCACCACUUCCCAUGGCCGCUUCUUCUCCAACGGCUUCGACCUUCCUUGGGCCCAAGCCGCCGGCUCCAAAUCUGCCGCCACUGACCGCCUAGCCCACAUGGUCCACAUCUUCAAGCCAGUUGUUGCCGCCCUCCUCUCCCUCCCCAUGCCCACCAUCGCCGCUGUCUCCGGCCACGCCGCCGCCGCCGGCUUCCUUCUCGCGCUCGCCCACGAUUUCGUCCUCAUGAGGCGCGAUAAAGGCGUGCUCUACAUGAGUGAGGUUGAUUUGGGUUUAACCAUGCCCGACUACUUUGCGGCAUUGAUGAGGUCGAAAAUCGGGUCAGCUUCAGUCCGGCGAGAUGUGUUGCUGACGGGGAUGAAGGUGAACGGCGAAUCGGCGGUGAAGUUGGGAAUCGCCGAUGCAGCCCAUGACGGCGAGGAGGGGUUGAUGGAGGCUGCGGUGGCGAUGGGACAAAAAUUGGCGAAGAGAAAGUGGGAGGGGGGAGCUUACGCACAGAUUAGGAAGAGUCUGUAUCCUGAAAUGACUCCGUUACUGGAUGGAUUAAAUGGAAAGAUGUAAGCAGUAAGCCAAAUGAACGACAUGUCGUCUUGGUGGAUUUGUUUGUUGGAGUGUUUUGGUUGAUACGGUGUUGUAAAACUCAAUAAUUCUGGACUCUGUUUUCAUCGAUUAGCUGGAGGAAUUUUGUUUUUCUCUGUUCUUUUGCUCCCUGUGAUAAUGCCAAAACCAAAAGCAAAGUGUGUUUUAAAUAGCAUGUUAUUUGUUGAGUUUCUUCCAUCUUGUUCUAAGCUUUGGACGGAUUAGGAGCCAUGGAAUGUAGUAGUUUAUUAGAAAGGUUA